AUGGACGAAGAAGAUUGCGAUGCGACGGUCCUAGAGUGGCAAACCUUGCAGACAAAAGAGACCAGACCAUUGAGGAACACGAUUGCCACGUGUCGUUUUCUAGCUGGGCUUAUCGCGAGAAAAAAAGAAGGUAACGUUGAAAAUCUCGCCACGAUUCUAUCUUUUGCAGGUUUCAAUGUGGAAACUGUGGAGUACAAGAACAUCAGUUUCACUGUGUGGGAUGUCGGGGGUCAAGACAAGAUCCGUCCCUUGUGGAGGCACUACUUCCAGAACACUCAGGGUCUGAUCUUUGUCGUGGACAGCAACGACAGAGACAGAGUUGUUGAGGCUAGAGAUGAACUUCACAGGAUGCUCAAUGAGGAUGAGCUGCGUGAUGCUGUGUUGCUUGUGUUUGCUAACAAGCAAGAUCUUCCAAACGCGAUGAACGCCGCUGAAAUCACGGAUAAGCUUGGCCUUCACUCCCUGCGUCAGCGUCACUGGUACAUUCAGAGCACAUGCGCCACUUCAGGUGAAGGGCUGUACGAAGGUCUGGACUGGCUGUCCAACAACAUCGCUGGCAAGGCGUAAUGAAGUAAAACAGCAUCGCAUCGGGAUGAUUCUUCCUGCCGUAUGUUGGUAAAGUUUCUGGAUGCAAGAGAAAGAUUAUAAAUAUUAUUUGAACCUUUUUGCUACUGGCUAUUAUAUGAAUGUUCUGAUUGUGCAAGUAUAGAUGUGUACCUAAAAACCUUAUGAGCCCCUUUAAAUAGUUUUCGUGCAUUUUGAUUUGUUCAAACCUUGGAUUGAUGAUUGAAUGUUAUUGCUUUCUUGUUA